AUUCUUUUUUUUUAAAAAAAAAGGAAAUAGAAAAAUUCACACGAAGAAGAAACGUUGCUCUCUCUCUUUCUCUCUGGUUCGAAAAAAAGGCUUCACAGAGAACAAAGCGAGGGUUUUGUGAAGAGAGAGAAAAUAAAGGAAACACAAAAACAAAGCUUUAUAGAGAGAGAAGUACUAGAGAGAGAAAGCUCAGAACUCCACUCACAAUUUCUACAGCAAGAGAAAGUUCCAAUAAAGUCGACUCUUUCUUAUUCUUCUUCUUAUUAGUAUUAUUAAUCUCUGCUGUAGCUGUUUCACAGCUAGGGUUUCAGUUUGCGAUUCAGUGUAUAUAUUAAUUUAUAAAGUUUCAGGAUUGAAACAUUAUUUAGUUGGUGAAACUAUCAAUAAGUUUUGAUAUCUGGAUAGUUACUGCUCUACAUGCUGGGAUCCAUGUUCCUGGUUAUUCUGUAAUUAUUGUUCCCAAGGCUAACUAAUUCUAUAUGGAAAACAGAGGAUCAGUGCACCACAAGGGCUUAUUUAUUACCUGGAGGUGUGGAAUGUGAAGCACUAUGACACUUGAAGAUUUCUUUACCCUGACCGAGAUGAAAGAUGGGUUCACAGCCCCUUCUAGGGUGCAUGAGCUGGUUGCUGUAAUGCAGAAGGAGAAAGAUUGUGUUGUGAAUGUUGGUGAUGCAACCAGGCAGUGGGCUGCUGUUGCAAGCACAAUCUCUGCUACAGAGAACAAAGAUUGCCUUGAUCUUUUUAUUAAGUUAGAUGGGCUCGGGUUUAUCGAUAGAUGGUUAAAGGAUGCUCAAAAGUUUGGUAAUGAUACCACUGAUCGUUUUGUAGAAGAGUCACUUAUUGCACUGUUGAGAGCAGUGGAAAAAUUGCAAAUAGAUAAAGAGAGAUCUGUUUCUUCUGGGAUUUGGAUUACCAUCAAUAAUCUUCUUCACCACAGCAGCUCUCGAGUUCAGGAUAGAGCAAGAGCACUUUACGAUAGCUGGAAGCAGGAUAGAGUUGAUGAUGCAUAUCAUCAUGAUGUUCAGACACUGGGUGCAUCUCGUGAUGCCAGUGUGCUCAGCAGUGAGAACAGUGGGGCAGAAUGUGCUGCUAUGGAUGUUCCUCUUCCAAGGGGAAGUGCUGAUGUAGAAAAUAAUGUGGCAGAUUCUUCCACAGAUGUAAAUUUGCAAUCCAAUUCAAAUUCUCUUCACCUGGAAAGGGUUGAAGAUGUACAGAUUCAAAUGCAAGGAAACAUGGAAGAUAAAGCACUAAAUCCGCUUACCAUGUCUGUUAUGUCAAACUCUGUUCAAGAGAGUCCUUCGAUGAAGGAAAAGUCCUCAAUCAUUACUGUUGAAGGAACUGCUUUGACUGAGAUUCGUAAUAUUCUUCCUACAAAAGGAGAAAAUAUUGAACCAGAGUUAAAUUCAUCAAAGAUGCUUAGCAGUUUCUCUGAUAAUUCAAGUAUGAUAGCUUCUCCCUCUAGUAAGGUAGAACCUGGAGUUAGUUCUUCCAAUGCUGAUCGUGCCAGUGCUAAAGAGGAUCCGGCAAAAACUGUGCAGACUAAUGUCAAUGCAAAGGAUGGUGAUUUUGGUUCGAGCACUGCUGCAUCUGGUGAUGCAGGAAUGUCUAUAUCUCCUAGAAAAUCUACUCCAGAUGAUGCGGGGGUUAUGAAUCAUGGUAGCACACCAGUGUUCAAGUCUGCAGAGUCCAGAGGUGAUUGUCCUCCUGAUACUAUGCAGGAUUCAUCUGACAGUGACAGGAAACUGGAGAAUCCUGAGGAUGUAGGGACUCCCUUCUCACGAAUACAUGACGUUGGAGUUGCUGAUGAUGAUAGGGAACAUGGCAGUGAUGGUGCUGAGGAUUUAAGAGAUGAUUCUGAUUUCUCUAGACCAGACAUCCAUACUCGGAGCAUUGAUCCAAUUAACAGGAGGAGAUCUGAUAUUGAACUUGAAUAUGACAUAGUUGAUGCUCUAGAGGUUGCGCGACAAGUUGCUCAAGAAGUGGAGAGAGAGGUGGUAGAUUACCGAGAACCAUCUUGCAGCUCUUCUUCUGAGAAAGUCAUGGAAACUGAUAUUAGGCAGCCAGACAGCCCAGAUUCUUCUAAUGCAAAGGAGUGCCCAUACACAGAGGUCUCUCGAGAUGACAUGCCAAUUGGACAGAAUCAGUCUGCUGAGGCCUAUCCUGGGGAAGACGGGCGUUUAGUUAGUUCGAAUAAUGUGGAAACUGAAGCAGAAAAUGUAACACAGGAGUUGGAGUCUUCACAAGUGACAGAGGUGGCUCCUGAACCAGAAGCCUUUACAGAGAAAGGCUUCUGUGACUUUGAUCUGAAUCAAGAAGUCUGUUCUGAUGAUAUGGACCGCCCAGUGAAUCCCAUCUCUACUCCAAUAUCUGUUGUUUCAGCUUCAAGGCCGGCUGUAGCAUCUGGAUCUCCUUCAGCACCUUUGCAGUUUGAGGGGAUUCUCGGGUGGAAAGGGUCUGCAGCUACCAGUGCCUUUCGUCCAGCUUCGCCACGCAAGAUUUCUGAUGGGGACAAGACUCUUGAUACUGGGGGAACCAGCAGUAGUUCAAAACAGAGACAGGACAGCCUUGUUAUUGAUCUCAAUGUGGCCGAGGAUGGAGAUGAGAAGGUGGACUUAAUUUCAGGAAGACCAUUUCCAGUCUCAUCUGGCCUGCAUUCUGGGGAAUCUUCACUAGAAAUAGGUCCAAGGAGAUCAGAGAGGCCCAACCUGGAUUUAAAUCGCAUCAUCGAUGAUGGUGAUGCUCUAGCAUCAGGUUUGAGAAUGGAGGGACGGCUGUUUUACCCACGGAAUGGCCAUCGGAGCCCAUCUCCAGCAUCUUCAUCGUCAUCUAUGCAGCCUUUGGUAAGGAACUUUGAUUUGAAUGAUAGGCCUCUUUUUCACAACGAUUCUUUAGAUCAAGGGCUCCACCAUAGCAACCAAACUGUAAGUGCUUUUGGAGGAUCUAAACCUCGUGAUCCUGUUAUUUCUAUCAUGGGUACUAGAGUUGAAGUGGGUGGUAGAGUUGAAGUUGGCCGAAAGGAUUUUCCUCAUCAAAUUCCAUCCUUGCCAAAUGGCAAGCCUAUGGAUCCAGCAAUGGAUGGUAAUAUUGCAAGAAUGGGAGGUGUUCUGGGGAUUCCAACUGUUUCAUACACGCAUUCUCCUGUUUUUGGCUACAAUGGACUGACAACAGCACCCACCAUGUCUAUCUCCUCUGCUGUGUAUGGACCUGGUGCCUCCCUCCCUUAUGUGGUCGAUACGAGAGGAGCCCCUGUGGUGUCUCCAAUUUUGGGCUCUGCAUCAGCUGUUCCUCCUGCUUUUUCCCAGCCGCCUUUCAUUAUGAGUAUGAGUGGUGCACCAGUAAGUUUAAAUGGUGCAGGACCCUCGAGGCACAAUUUUGAUCUCAAUUCUGGUUUUGCAAUUGAAGGUGGGAAUCCUGGGGGAUUAAGGCAGCUUUUCCUUCCUGGUCAAAGCAGGUCAAUGGAGGAGCAUUUGAGGGCCAAUGCGCAACCCUCUUCGAGUUCUGGAGUGGGUGGGAAAAGAAGGGAGCCGGAUAGUGGCUGGGAGCCUUACUCGUUACCCUAUAAACACCCACAACCUCCGUGGAGGUGAUGAUGCACUUGCUAAUUGCCGGAGUUCCUCUUUCGGUAAAAGUUCAUAAAAUCCAAUUGAGGUGAUAAAUGUUUGGAUCGCAAGGAUUUUUUAAGAAGAGCAUGCAAGCCCAUUGGCUUCAGCGAGAGGGGAUUAGAACUGAAUAAAAAGUGGGGGAAUUAUGAAUGUAAUAUGAUUCAUGAGAUUAAUUGCUGAAGAAAAUUUUUUUAGGUUUUUAUUUGUUUUAGUUUCUUACUUUUCUGUGUUCCAUAGAAGGGGCCAUCCAAUCAUAGAAGCUUGGUACAUGUAGCUGUAAGUUCUCUCUUAUAUAGCACAAAAAUUUAAAAGGAACUAAUUGUCUCCACUUCAGUUUUUGCAGUUCUUGUAUGAAAGGUAGCUAACUAAUUUCAUUA